AUGGUGAAAGGAGGUACUGAAGGAGAUCAAAUGGAAGACGACAGUCUCAGUGAGGAGGAAGAAGAGAAAAAAACAGAAGAUGGAAAAGGAGCAGCUAAUGAUAGCGGAAAAAAGCAUAAUGGAGUGGACUCCCAAAGCAGCGGAAGCAAAGGAAUCAGAGUGAAAGAAGUGGAGAAGGGGCUCUAUAACAUUGUUAUUAGUGAGUCCAUAGAGAGGGAACUGUGGAAACCUUGGUGGGACCCUUUUAUAGUAAAAUUACUAGAAAGAAGGGUUGGAUAUGCAGCCAUGAAAAAGAGGCUGGAAAAUAUGUGGAGUAAGAAAGGGAGUAUAGACGUUAUUGACUUGAGCAAUGACUAUUAUCUAGUGAAAUUUUACUCAUCUGAAGACUUUGAUUUCGCUCUACUAGAGGGACCAUGGAAAAUCUAUGACCACUACUUAACACUGAGAAUGUGGGAGCCAAACUUCAAUCCUUUGGAAGCCACUAUUGACAAAGUAACAGCAUGGGUAAGAUUGCCGGGACUGCCUAUUGAAUUAUAUGAUAGAACUGUGCUGAGGCAAAUUGGCAAUUUAAUUGGGAGAACAACAAAAGUUGAUAACAACACGGCAGACAUGAGCAGGGGCAAGUUUGCUAGGCUGUGCGUUGAGGUUGAUCUAACCAAACCAUUACUGGGGAGAUAUUUGAUAAAUGGUAGGGAGUACCACAUUGAAUAUGAGGGUAUCCACCAUAUUUGUUUCACCUGCGGAAGAGUAGAUCAUGAUCAACAACACUGCCCAAACAAUAAGAGAAAGGAAGAAACAACAAAAAAGCAACAAGAAAAUCAAAAUGCUGAAUCUAAUACAGGUGUACAGCAAGAAAACAACAGUAAAAAACAACAAGACCUGCAAAAAGAGAAAGCUAGCACAAGCAAGAAUGACAUGGGGAAGCAAGUAAUUAAUGAGAACAAUAGUAGUUUUGGUGAAUGGAUGGUGGUCCAGAGGCCAAAAAGAGGAAAGAAAGCACAAAAAGAAGAUGUUAUCAGAAACGGAGAGGAAACAAGUAGACAAAGAGAAGUCCCACAAACAAAAAGAAACCAAGGCAGAUUUGGCGUGCUACAUAUAAAGAAAAAUCCAAAAGCCCAAGGGCAAGGAAUUGAAGAACAAAGGGAACAAGAGAAAUACACACAAGGGAAAAGAGAGAAGGAACAGCAAAACAAAAGCAAGACAAAAGCACAACCAGAACAAAAACAAAGUGAAAAGAGCAGUCAGCCAGCUCAAAAAGUAAAGGCCAAACAGAACAACACCAAGAACACAGAAAAGCAAGCACAAAGAAACCAAGAACCAGAGCAAAAUCAAAAGGAAACAGGGGAACAAAGAGAGUCUACUACAAUGCAAAUUAAAAGGGUGAACCAUAACCACCAUGAAGAGAAUUGGAUGGAGGCAAAAUCCUCAACUCCAUCUUCUAUGGAGAAAGGGAUUGAACCUUCUAACCAAAACCAACAAAAGGAAGGAAGACCCCCUGACCUUAUGGAAGCGGACGUAAUAGAAAAAGAAGAUAUAGUGAUGGAUUCCUUGGAAAAGGAGCCAAGCAUGAGGAUAAUUGAAGGGGUGGACUUCACCACACCAGACAUGAGUAUAUUAGAGGAUGUGGAAAUGCAGAUGCAUUGA